AUGAGGAAGGCGUAUGAAGCAAUGGAAAGACAAGUCUCGGGCUCGUUUCCGGUUUCCUUCUAUCAGCUGACGCGCCUUUUUACUUUUGUAGUACAGUUGCCAUUGGGCUUCCUGUUAGGGGAUCGUUCCAAGCCGAUUCAGCUCGCUGCAACGUAUCAGGCAACUUUCAGAGCCCCGAGAAUAGAAGCCCAACAACGACAAGAUGACUUACAUCAAGAGAGACUUAGGAUCGAGUAUAUAUAG